UUCCCCAACUCGCCCUCUCCCUCCUCUUCUGAGCAACACGAAACCGCACACCCAACUAAAAAAAGCCGCAAGGAAACGCGACGCGACGCGAGGCAAACCCAUUUCGGCGUGCCCCGAUCUCCUCCUCCCCCCUCGCCCUCCCUCCCCUCCGAGACUCCAGGGACGGCGGGGAUGAGGCCAGUGGCCACGGCGGCGGAGGACGCGCACCAGUCGCGGCUGCUCUACGAGCUCUGCGCGCUCCUGCUGACCGUGCUCCGGGCGUCGCCGGAGGACGGGGCGGGGGCGGGGCCGCGGCCGCUGCUGCCGCGGCAGGUGACGCCCGCGGGGGUGGCGUCCAUGCUGCUGGGCGCGUCCAUGGCGCUGAUGCUCUGCGGCUCCGUCACCUUCAUGCUCGGCUUCUUCCUCAUGCCCUGGGUCGUUGGGCUCGGCUGCGUCUUCCUCUUCGUCGGCUUCGUCACCAACCUCUCCGGGAUCUGGAGGGCCAUCCUCCUCUGGCCCGCCGCCGCGUGCUCCGCCUCGCCCAAGGAGGCGUCGUCCUCCCCAUGGCAUAUAUUUUCCAAGCCUCCAUUCAUGCCGAUGUGAAGACAAAUAUACAAAGUAAAGCUCCCACCGAGGUGUAUAGAAGCAGGGGAGUUUGAUCAGACUGUUGUCGUUGCCAGCCUAUAUUUUCCUUCCUGGGGAACCUUUUUUACCAUGUAACGCCGCAACAAGUUUGAAAUGGUUUUAUACUGUGACUAGGAGGAUACUUCUUUGUACAUACGGAAAGAAUGCUCUGGGCUAAUCAUCACGUGGAGCUUAUAAUUGUUUAA